AUGUUUCGUAAGACAGUCGGGGGUGGACUCUUGUCCUUUUCGGAACUAGAAGAAAUCGUGCUCGACGUAGAAGUGUGCAUGAACAACCGUCCCCUAACAUACUUGGAGGAUGAUCCUCAGCUGCCUGUCUUGACACCAAACUCGUUUGAGUCGUUUCUGUUCCAACAACCAACAGCAGUACCAGAGCUACAACCUCAUCAAUUAAAAGAGCGUGACCUGAAAAAACGUCUUAGGUUCCUUUGUACAACGAAAGAUGGACUAUGGAACCGCUGGACACGAGAGUAUCUCACAGGACUAAGGGAGAGACAUAAAAUUGUUCGUGGAUCUAAAGCAGAAUGCCCAAAUGUAGGAGAUGUUGUCAUUGUUAAGGGAGAAAACAAGAAUAGAAAUACCUGGAAACUGGGAAAGAUCGUCCGACUUAUUACCGGCAGAGACGGAGUGGUGCGAGGCGUAGAGUUACGGGGAGUGGAAGACUGGAGCGACCGUUGCAACUAAUUUACCCUCUGGAACUUCAUUGCGACCAAGAGGCUGUCGAACGGGAAGCUCCACCACUUAAUGCACAAGCGAAAGAAUUCAGACCUAAAAGGAAAGCGGCAGAGAAUGCAGCAGCGAAGAUCGAUAAAGUACUUGCGGAGGAAGAGGAGACGGUGAUAGAUUGA